AUGACCUGGGCCGGCACAGUGAGGUGUCCCAUUGAGCAGCAAGCGACCCGAGUCCAGACAACUUGCGCAAAGGCCGUGGCAGAGGGACCCGCAGCGGCUCAGGCCAUUUUGACCCGGCGGAUGUCAUUCUGCCAACUUCGCCACUUCACAUCAUGCGUCACGUCCGAUGAUCACCGUCCCCGUUUUAAAGGUCCUGCCGCUGCUUCCGGGGCCGUCACCAAGUCGGCGUCCUUGCCGCCGUUGCCGGAAAACAAGGCAGGAUCCGUUCCGGGUGCAAAGCUUCAAGUGGUCGAACAGCAGCUCAGCAACUGGGACAAAUAUGGACGGCCCUGGCAGUCGGCCGUGGCCAUUGGAAGAGCUCAAUGCUGGAGCAGCCUCCAACAGGCGAAUACCUUCGACGCUGCUGCGGCCAUUGAAGUGGCAACAUCUGUGGGCCAGGAGAGCGCGGUGCUAGCAUCGUUGCCUUUGGCAGACAUCGACUCGGACCGGGGCUUCCGUCGACCUCGCAACAGCUCCAAGACGAGUUCUGAAAGGUGGCGUUUCCGAAAGUUCACAAGUCCUUUAAUUCAUUGGGUUCUUGACAUCGAUCCUGGCAUCAAGUUCAAUGUGCACUCGCUGAUUCAGUGGUCUCUAUUCUUGUAUGCUGCAUAUGUUAGCUGCAACGCCUAUCGUGUUCUGGGGGUCAUUGAACUAUGUCAAGACCACUUGGGACCAGCAAACCAAUUCUUCAUCAUGGCACUGCGCGAAUUCUUGAAGUCAGAUCUGGGACGCAAGACAGUGUGGUGUGCAGUUUCAUUUUGGAAUAUGCACAUAACACUGAAGGCGCUCGGCCACAUGCCAGAAUCUUUGCCCUGGCUCAAGAAAGCCACCAUUUUGCACACAGAGAUCGAGGGAAGCAGUCAUCCCUACUCCAAGAAAUAUCGAGACGACUUUAUCAAAUUGACGAAGGAAGUGUCUCCACAGCCUGACUAUGAUCGCUUGACGCUCUCGGAUGAAGACACUGCUGCAAUGGAAGCACUUUUAGGUCCUCGAGGUGCCUCACGGGGAAGUUCUCAGGUCGUCCUGUGGCUGGUGUCUCUGAAAGAAGGGCAGUUUGAUAGGGAAAAGAAUGUGUCGACAGCUCAACUCCGAGGCACAUACCCAUCAUCAAGCUCGGCGGCCAGAAGAGGUUCAGGAGCUGGAGCCAAUGGAGUCGGCUCCAGCACCAGGCUGCUGCUUGCUUCCGCCGGCGCUGCAGUUUUGACCAAAGGCUUCCUCUCUCGUCGUCAACGUGGUGUGUCCGGCAACGAGAACCACCGGUCUUCGGGACGUUUGGUGCGGAACUCUGCCACGAAGACCCGGACGGCAGAGGCCGUGGUGGAAAAAAGUGGCCGGGGCGCCAAGGAGUAUGACCUCUCGGAUCCCCAGGCGUCCUUCGAAAAGGUUGGCCGGAUGGUGCUGAAGGAGAUGGUGAAUGAGCUGCCAGGCCUCUAUGAAUUGCCUUCCAAGGAGGUAUCUUGGGUGGAGCGCUCUCUGGAGUACAAUACGCAAGGUGGCAAGAUGAACAGAGGAUUGAUCGUGGUCGAAACCGGCGUUGCCCUGAUGAAGCAUCAGGGCCGGGAACCCAGCAAUGCCGACCUUCACCGCUUUGCCGUCUUGGGCUGGGCGGUGGAGUACCUGCAGGCCUGCAUGUUGAUGGCGGAUGACAUGAUGGAUGGAUCUGUGACCCGACGUGGCAAUCCUUGCUGGUACAGGCUGCCAGAAGUUGGCUUGCUGAAUACCAACGACUUCCUGAUGGUGGAGAUGUAUGUUUACAAGAUCGUGAAGCGCCAUUUCGGACAGGAAGAGAUCUUCCCGUGGUUGGUGGAUCUUCUUUUGGAGACAACCUUCCAAACGGAAUGCGGCCAACUGUUAGACUCCAUUUGUGCCAACUGCGAGCUGGAGGAGUUGACAACGGAGCGCUGGACGCUGAUAGUGAAGUACAAGACGGCUUUCUAUUCCUUCUACCUACCAGUGGCAUUGGCCAUGCUGGUCACGGGAGUUCGAGACCGAACAGCCUUCGACACGGCCAGAGAAGCAUUGCUGGAGAUGGGUAUCUACUUCCAGGCGAAGCGGGUCAUUUUUCGGGUGUUUAACCCCAGAAAUGAUGUAUUUUACCAACCAAAUUAUGGAUUUAUAAUACUGUAUUUUACAGAGACGAAAUGA